CAUCAAUUUGCUGGCCAUAUUACCGCAGUAAGUUCUUGACGAGCUCGAGAAUCCUGAUUUGAAACUCAGAGGGCUCAGAAAAACCAGCUUCGAAACCAUGGUGCCGUCACUGGAGCAAUCCAUUUUCUUCGCAAAUCAAUUCGCCAUCAGUUGCGGCACCGUCUCGGUAGAUGUCGCGAGAGCGAAAGUGUUGCUUAUCCGCUGGCGGAAGACGGGCGAGUACCUACUUCCCAAGGGACGGAAAGAUUUAAGUGAAGGCCUCGAGGACACUGCGACGCGAGAAACAUUCGAGGAGACUGGCAUACCCGUUCAACUGCUCCCCGUCAAUAUCAAGACCAUGGCUACUUUGCCAUCUUCUAUGAGGGCCGAGGGCAGCCCCACAGCCGUCACUAAACCCUUCGCUGUCACACAGCAAGUCAACAAGGGAAUUCUGAAGAUCAUGUUUUGAUAUAUUGCGAGCGCGGAUAGCACAGCUAUUCGAGAAGAAGGCACGCAGGAUGAAGACGAGGAUUUUGAUACAAUCUGGGUUGGUUUCAACGAGAUUGAAUCUGUCUUGAGUUUUGAUGACGACAAAGGUGUUGCUCACGAAGCAAUUGCCGUAAUUCGCCGGGGGCAAGUGGCAGCUUGAUGGUGGUGAUAUCUGAGUGUGGUUAGUGGGCUAAGUCUCCAAGACAAAAGCAGGGCUCUAUAUAUCAUAAAAGCCUGUCAAGCUAAAAUUGAAGGCAUCUGGAUCUUCCAUUGAACAACC